AUGACGCCCGCCGGGGCUGGGGGUGGUGAGGCUAAGUUCCUCUCUUCGGAGACUACGUCUCGGCCCCAAACAGCCUGGGGGGCCCCAGACGGAGGGCUGCUCCGUCUUGCACAUCUCAGCCAUGCAGUGGUCGCACCCGGUGUGGAGGAGCGCUUGCGGAUCGAGUUGCGGGACAUCGUUUUGCCGCCCCCUGGGGGGGGCCCUGGGGGCCCUGGCCAUCCGCCAAACGGUGCCGUGUACGACGAGCUGCGCUGCAAGGCCUAUGUGGGGCCUGCAAGAGCCUUGUUCGGCUCCGAUGGCCGGCCAGACAAGUCGCGGCUGAAAGAAGCCAGGUUGGAGGUGUCAGGCCACCAAGCGGCAGCCGAGGUGGACCUUGGUGUUCCGGAGCCGCAGGAGCCUUGGGCUUUGCGGAUGAAGCUCUACCGGAGACCUGCGAGCAACCUCUUCGCCCAGGAGAAAUGCGCGGAGUUCGUGGAGGCGUUGCCGUGCCCUCGCUCGGCGGUGCAGUUGCCAGGGCCCUCGUCCUGCGGCGUUCCGGGGGGCGGCCGCCAGGUCGGGCAGGCGCAGGUCGAGGAGCAGUUCGAUUUUCGGGCUUUAGCUCCAGACGAGCAGAAGCAUCCCUGGCCGACGACUUCCUUCUUCGCGGAUCGGGAAGCGGAUUUCGGAUGCGAUGACCUAUGCCAGCCUGUGUCAGCUCCACCAGCUUACGAGUUCAACCACGCAGUUUCGGUUUCUACCACGAUCGGGGGCUACGCAACAGAGCAGCCACGGAGUCCAGAUCCGACAGGCCGGACUUCGGCUGAGGUUCUUGCGUUUCAGGUGCUUAGCCGGGGCAACAUACAGUACGAGCACACGGAAGUUGAACGUGAGCAGCAGAGCGUGGAGGAGCCAGAGAACGAGCAGCUGGACCCUACAGGAGGGAUCCAAGAGCCGAUGGCUGAGGACACGGCAGUUGAAGCCGAUGUCGAAGCAGAAGCCACGGAGGGCUCAGCACUUCUUCUAGGGCUUACGCGAGCUACUUCGACCGCUUGGAACUCAGUUCCCGGGGAGAAGGAGUACGAGGCCUUACGGGUUUUCUUUUCGGACCGCGUUGAAGACGACAAGAAAGUCUUGCAAUGGCGCAAGCGCCGCAAGAACUUUACGUCCAAGAAGCAGAAGGAGAAGCACGGGAAGAUCCUAACGUACCACAAGUGCCCUGAAGAUGUUCAGAAGGAGCCGGACAAGAGCAGAGCGAAGGAGUGGGCGAAGUGGCAGGACUUCAGUGCAGCGAUCAUUUUGGAUGACGCGCAGUAUGGCGAGUUGAUCCGUGAAGGACAUCAAGUCAUACCUAUACCCAGUGGGUAG